AGAUGCUCUGCCAUCUGAAAUGGAGAGGGAGUAUUGGAAGUGAUUGUUGUCAUAUACAAAGGUGGUCCCUUAUAUCUGGCCAUUGACCCACCUCAGACAACAUUGAGUUGAAAAGUGGGCCUGGUUGUCAGUUACACUGAAGCCCCUUCAUACCACUCUGGCAGCGUAAAGGGGCCUGGAAACUAAAAUAAGCAAUCAGCAAAACACUGGCCAGUCCAGCAGCCAUGGCCUCAAGAACUUCAGCAGGCAGGGUGCAAGAUGAAGCUGUAUGUCCUAUCUGCCUGGAGUACCUGACGGAGCCUGUGACUCUAGACUGUGGGCACAACUUCUGCCUCGCCUGCAUCACUAAGCACAGUGAGACAUGUACAGAGGGGGACUAUGACCCUUUGUGCUGCCCCAGCUGCAGAGCCCAGAUCCGGAGACAGAAUUUCCAGCUGAACUGGCAGCUGGCAAAUAGAGUAGAGCAAGUUAAACACUUGCAUGUUGAAGCAGAGAGAGAACAGAAAGUGAAUCUGUGCACAAGACACAAGGAAGAGCUGAAGUUGUUCUGUGAGGAUGACAGAGAAGCCAUUUGUGUGAUCUGCAGAGAGUCCAAGGAACACAGAGCUCACACGGUGGUUCCCACAGAGGAUUCUGCCCAGGAGGACAAGGAGGACAGCAGCGUCUUGAGCAGGCAUGUGGAGGCGAAGCUCCAGCACCAAGUGGAGAUUUCUCCUGAACUGUCUGAGAGCCUCAAUACUUAUAACCAAAGUGAUGCUCUAAUGGAGACUCAGGGGGAAUUCAAAGACAAUCUGACAACUGAAUUAGAGAAAAAAAUAUUUCAAUCUAUGGGACCAGAUGAGAAAGUGAAUGUGACUCUGGAUCCAGACACGGCUCAUCCCCGACUCGUCCUCUCUGAGGAUCAGAGCGUGAGAUGGGGAUUCACACGGCAGAAUCUGCCCAACAAUCUGGAGAGAUUUGACAAUGAUCCCUUUGUGUUGGGUUGUGAGGGAUUCACCUCGGGGAGACAUUGUUGGGAGGUGGAGGUGGGGGAAGCAAGAAGCUGGGUUUUGGGGGUUGCCAGAGAGUCUGUGAGCAGGAAGGGAAGGAUCAGUGUUAGCCCUGAGCAGGGCUUCUGGGCUUUGCGGCGGAGCGGGGCAGGGUGGUUGGUGGCUUACACUUCCCCUGAGGGGACCCACCUCCCUUUUGCUGAUAAACCCAGGAGGAUCCGGGUGUCUCUGGACUACGAACAGGGGCAGGUGACAUUUUUUGAUGUUGAUAAUGAGGCCCUGAUCUUCACUUUCCCACCGGCCUCUUUCUCUGGGGACAAAAUCCGCCCUUUUUUCUCAGUUGGGGAAAGAGGAAUAUACACAUCUUUCUCAUACCUGUGUGGGCCAUCCCAUAUCACAGUGUGUCCCUGAGACAUGAGGGAAAAUAUCCCAAUGACACUCGAGAACGUCACGAGGUGGAGGACUCUAGCAGUCUUCAGUGGCAGAAAAUGAGAGAAGUGGAGUCCAGGGAGAGAAGGUGCUAUGGGGAGUGUGAAGGUGGAGUGUGGAGAGGGGCAAACCUAUAGAGAAGAUGUUUGGGAGUGGAGAGGUGAAACUGGCUAAGGAGAUAGCAGGGGAGGGUCAGUUACCCAGCAGAACAAAAUACACAAACCUUAACAUGCAUUGGAGAAGGGGAAACCAAUAUGGAAUAAAUGUAAUUCUCUUGCAAAAAAGAAUGGAAAAUGUUUUAAGGAAGAAAUUAGGAAGAAAUCCUUCUUUGAGCCAAUUUUAUCUUCACUGUACUUUGCUUUGUCUGUAUCAUUUCAACAGAUCUUUAAUGUCAAAAUAAGUUCUGGCAGUUCAGUUAACACUCUGCCUUUUAGUACCUGGCAUGUCUGGCAGUGUCUGUCACCCACCCCCAUUCAGCAUGGUGCUCUGUCCACUUCUAGCAGUAGCGGGAGAGAUUGUUGAUCCUGCUACAGCCUUAGCUAACAGAGCUGGGUCUCAUAGCUCAGGCAGUGGUGGCUCAUGCUUUAAGAUCCAGAGAGCACUACUUCCAGCUGACAAUAACUUCCCCCCCCACCCCUGCAAGGCAUGGCAUAAUAUAAACAUAGUGGGCCAAAUUCAGCCAUUGUGAUCAACCUCUUCAGCAUCAUUGCUGCUGGCAAUUGGAGACACUGGGAGGGGAAUUUGAAUCAAGAUUUAAAAAAAAAUACAAAAAUUCUGGUUUGCUGCAGAGCACGUCUUUUGUGACCAGUAUGAGAAAAAGAAGCAUGUUCACUUUGUCCAGAUGAACUUGAACCUCAAAUAAAAACAGACAUUUGAAAGUCCUGGUGUCCUAUUUGUGAUCUCAGGAAAUGUCAUCAUGAGAAAUACAGGAGAGACGCUAUGUUCUGUGGUAAGGAAUCCAGAAGAGAGACUGAGAUACCAGACAUUAUUUUGGAGAGGUACAG